AUGUGCAAUGGGCUCUUCAAGAGGCCUGUGCAUAGGGUUGUGACAAAUGCAAAGAACGAGAGGCUAUUGGUGACUCUAGGCUACUCUGUUGACCACAAGAGAGAAAUGGAGCCAUUGCCUCAGCCGAUUAAUGAGAAGAGACCACCAUUGUACAGGAAAGUUAAGGUGAAGGACUAUAUUACCGGGCUCUAUGAACAUUUCUCUCAAGGGACAAUGGUUAUUGAUACACGGCAGAUAUAA